AUGCGAAGGAGCCUCACCUCGACAGGUCGCAGCCUAUGCUCGACCUGCUGCGCGCAGAAAAGGGCAUACGCGCCGCUGGCCACGACGGCUGGGAGAGCAUUUUCAACGACACAGCCGACCUCACAAAGCUCGUUGCUGAACCAGAAGCAGCAGCAGGGGCGAAGCGCAUUACCACAACCAUCCCACGGCGCACAGCACAGGUGGCUGUCCUCGCAAUCCCAACCCCAAACCGCUGCCGAGGAAGCCCAAGAACAACAAGACCAAGACCAAAGCCAACCAACCAAGCGCUUGCCAUACUACGACCUCUUCCCCGAGACCCUCCCACACGGCCCACCGCCCGAGGGCCCCUUCGAUAUCGACGUGCGCGCCUUGCGCCGCGAGUUCCUGCGCCUGCAAGCCACAAGCCACCCAGACUACUUCCACUCCGCGUCGACCUCUUCCACAGGCGGCAGCUCCGACAGCACAGCCAAGCUGCGGCGGCAAGCUGAGGCCGCGUCGAGUCAUAUAAACGCCGCAUACAAGACGUUGUCGCACCCGCUGUCGCGCGCCCAGUACAUCCUGGCCGAGCGGUACGGCGUCGACCUGGCGGGCGACGAGGCGGGCAGCCACACGGGCGGUGCGUCGGCAGACAGUGCGCUACUGGUCGAGGUGCUGGAGGCGCGGGAGGCGAUCGAUGAGGCGGAGGCUGAGGGGGACCUGGAGGGGCUGAUGGAGGAGAACGAGGAGCGGAUCGGGCGGUGUGUUGAGGGCUUGAAGAGAGCUUUUGAGGAAGGGGAUGUUCAGGGUGCUGUAACGGAGGCGGUGAGGUUGAGGUACUGGGAGAACAUUAAGGAGGGGAUACGGGGGUGGGAGAAGGGGGUCGGGGGUGGUCUUUUGCACCAUUAG